AUGUCAAUUUGUAGGUCUCAGAAUUCUGGUCCAUCUUCACCAUGUGCCCUGUGGCCAGUGGAGCUCAAGUUAACUCACUUGGACUGGAACCCUGAAGCAACCCUGAUACACUUCCAGGGACAGUACCUUUCCAUAUGCGAACUUGACUAUAACAUCUUGCACGGAGAAAUACAGAACAUACCAAAGACUGAAGCUGCAGUGGAUAUUGGAGAGUUUUGCCUUGUAGAGGAUUGGAAUUCAUCCGUCUGGCACAGAGGACGAGUUCAGAACCGAAAAGAGGACUUGUUUGAUGUUUUCCUCAUAGAUCAUGGUAAUGUCUUGAGUGUUGACGUCACCAGCAUAUCUUCCUGCUCAAACGACCUUUUCAUCCUGCCUCCCAAGAUAGUUUGCGGCUUUCUUGCAAAUGUGGUGCUGCUUCAAGGUUGUUUGCGUUCUGUAGUGGAGGAGUACCUCUCAGACCUGAUUGGAAGAAAUGUCACAGGUUACAUCCAAGCCCUCCUCCCCCACAAAGUACUCUUAUUGGAAGCCCCUGACAUCAACAUCCACCUUGUUAGACAUGGGUUUGGGAGGCAUGUGGACACAGAUACUUUCCUCUUCCUGGUUGAGUUGGUCUCGCAAGUGCGUCUCAAACAAAACAUAGAGCCGGUUUCUGACUCACUCAUUGAAAAACCAAGGCGACAAGAGUUAUUUUGCUGUAAACCAUCUGGUUUGCAGGCAUACGAAGACAUUCUGUCAUUUUGUAGGCCUAGACCGAGUUCUGGGACACGCGCUAAAGUGCGUGUAACUGCUGCUGUCAACCCUGAGCUGUUUUACUGUCAGAUGGCCAGUAUGGAAACAGAUCUUUUCGAAAUGUCAAAGAAGCUGACUGCAGUUUGUGAGCGCAGAAUAAAAGAAUGCAAUCAGAAGAUGCCAGAAAACCUGGGCUUACUGUGCUCAGUUAAAGGCAAAGAUGGAAAAUGGUACAGGGGCUUUGUGCAGUUUCUCCCAGUCGAUGCUCAAGUUAAAGUUUUGUUCAUUGACUACGGAUUCUUUGAAUCUGUCAAAGUUGAGAACAUCCACAGGUUGCCAUCAGAUUUCGAUUCAACACCCAUCAUGGCAUUCCCGUGCUCACUCUUUUCCCCGAGUGAUCAGGAUGAGGCGGUCAAAACUCAGCAGUUGAGUUUUCUCAAGGCAGGUUUGCUUGGAAGAGUGUUAGAUGUGGAGUUCACAAGUUUUAAUGAAGAACAGCAUCUCUACUGUAUCACAGUAAUUGAUACUGAAGAAAACCUUGUGAAGGAACCGGAGCCUAUUCAGGAGCUUUCUAGAGCCAAGGUUGAGUCAGUUGCUGAGAUGCAAGAUUUGUCACCUCAGGAAGAAGUGCAGCCAGGCUCUGUGUUUGUGGGCUACGUCGAGCACGUUCAGAAUCCAAACCACUUCUGGAUCCGAACACAAAAACGCAAUGGUGACUUUGAAGAAAUGAUAACACAAAUGACUGAUCAUUUCAGUCAAGUGAAGCUGCAUGAAGACACGCUGUUGAAUCCUGAACUGGGGACACUGUGCUGUGCAGUUUAUGAGGAAGACAUGCAUUUCUACAGGGCUAUAGUGACGGACACUCUUGAGCAUGGAGCUGAAGUUCUUUUUAUCGAUUUUGGGAACAUUGAGAAAGUGCCACACAUGUUGAUCAAGAAGAUACCCAAGAGGUUUUCCAGCAAAUCGGCAUUUGCCUUCUGUUGUUCUCUUUUUAAUGUGUUUCCUUUGGACGAAGUCUGGACCAGCGCCACAUGUGACUUUUUCAGAAGAGCUGUAUCAAACAAGGCCCUGCUAGUCCAUGUUGUCCAGAUGAGAAAAAACAAAUUUGUUGUCAACCUCUGUGAGAUGGGAAAUGACGGCAAUCAAAGUAUCACUGAGCUCCUGAUCUCUUCAAAAGAAGCUGAAUGUUGGAACAACAUUCCCAUAGGGCCCGUAGUGCUAAAUAGCACAGAUGCGACGGAAAAAACAAGGGGCCCAAGAUAUAUUGUGACAUCAGAUAUCAAUGGGACUACAGAGCAACUGGAGGAUUGUGAGGACAAAGAGAAAACAUGCAAUGAAAAUGAAACUGUGAAGGCCCAUGCCCCUGUCCACUUACGAGCAGUAAGCACUAAACCUGGGUGUGAGCUUGCUGUGUGCUGCUCUUAUAUGAACUCGCCAUCAGAUUUCUGGUGCCAGCCUCUAGAUAAGGUUCCAGCUUUGGAGGAACUGAUGGAUAAACUUCAGCUAUAUUAUUCAACCCACACAGUCACCCUGCAGUCAGGGGAUUCAUGUUGUGUUGCCAAGUCACCUCAAGAUGGAAGAUGGUACAGAGCCUUCAUCACGGAAAAACAGAAAGGUCACGCCAAAGUGAUGUUGGUUGACUACGGUCAUACCAUUCAAAUCAAAGAGCACAAUCUUCAGGCGCUAAUGCCAGAAUAUAUUUACAUGGAACGGCAAGCUUUCAGGUGCAGCCUGUACGAUCUGAUCGAACCUGCCGACCCCAACAACUGUGGUAAUUGGAGUCCGGAGGUGUGUAACUCGCUGAAAGAUUUUGUCCGCGACAGCACCUGUGGUCUAACAUGUAAAGUUGUCUCUCAGUUGAACAUGAAAAACAAAGGGGUGUGCAAUGUUGUGGACCUCUACAACACCCAAACCCAACAGAGCAUAACAAAUUUGCUCUUGGAACAGGGCCUGGCAAAAGAAACCACAAUCUCAACAAAGCAACUGUCAACAGCGUUUCCUGAGUCUUUUGUCUUCUCUUCAUAUGAUUUAAGUCCUGGAAAAGAAGAACAAGUCUAUGUGACUCAUGUUAGCAGUCAGUGGCAUAUAUACUGCCACCUUGAGAGAAACAGCGACAUCAUUGAAGAGCUUGAAAAGAAAAUAUCAGGGGAGAGUGAAAAAAUGAUGCAAGCCAGUACGAGAACUGUUGUGAGGAAGCUGUGCCUGGCAAAGUACUUAGAUGGAAAAUGGUACAGGGGUUUGGCACAUCCCGUUCAGUCGCCUCUGUAUCUCAGCGUGUUUUUUGUGGAUUAUGGAAACACGGACAUAUCUGAGAAAACCCACGUCAUGUUUAUCCCCAGAGACUCUGCUGAUUUGUUGUACACCCCCAUGCAGGCUCUGAGAUGUAACCUUGCUUCAGUGUCCAAGGAAGAGCUCUAUGCCGGUGUCAAGGACUGGCUUGAUAGUGAAAUCCUCAACAAGCAACUGAGAGCCCUCAUAGUCGGAAAGAGUGAAGACGGUUCAUUUGAUGUUGAGCUGUUUGAUGGAGAAGUUAACAUCAAUGAGAAGGUAAAGGAACUCAUUCGCAGUUUUUCACCUAAAAAAAACAGCAAGAAUACAAAAGUAAAACCACAAAAUGAGGCAAAGAGUGGUGUCUCUGCAAAACCCCUGGAAAACUCUCAAGCAAAGAAACAAACAAAGUGCUGUGAUGCAAACACAAAGUCAGAGCAACCACAAUAUGCAGAGAAAACAGAGAUCCCUCAGCUCUCAUGUUUGCCCAACAUGAAAGUGACCAAAGGUUUCAGGACUAAGUGUUUCAUCUCCCACAUUGACUCGGUCGACAGCUUUUUCCUUCAGCUGUCAGAGGAUGAACCUGCCAUCUUGAAAAUGGGUGAGGAUCUCAGCUCAGGUGUCUUCAGAAGUUCCUUUAAGGCUACCACAUCUCUGAGAAUCAAUGACCUUGUUCUGGCUGAGUAUGAGGAAGAUGGCGCCCUCUAUCGUUCCGCUGUUAAGGACUGUGAAGGAAGUUCCUGUUUCAAAGUUGAGUUUGUGGACUAUGGAAACUCAGCAGUCAUGGGGAAGGAGAAGAUCUUUUCCAUACCAAAGGAGUAUCUCUGUCUGCCACGAUUCAGCAUAUCAUGCUCCCUGCUGGACACAAGCACAUACGCAGAUGAUACUUCUUUCGCUGAUGCUGUAAUGGAGAAGCCUCUCAUGGUGGAUUUUGUCCGUCAGUGUGGAACUCACUGGAAAGUGAAGGUUGAGAUUCUCGAUGGAGCGGUCGGUCCUCCAGCGCCACUCGGAGCUGCUGUUGAAAGUAACACUGAACCCAAAAAGGAAAAGGAGGCUCCUGUGAGUUCAUCUGAAACAGAAGAGAGAGUGAAAUCCUGUGAGCAGAACUACGUGAGAAAAGAAGUGAGCGUAAAUGAAAUGACUGAAUCCCAAAGAGCGACGUCUACUGUUGAUGGUGACAACUUAAUGCUGGAACCACCAUCUGCUACGCUGAGACCACCACCGACCGUGUCGUCACCCAAACAGAAGGUUGAAACCCAAAAUGAGAAAGCACUUGGAAAGUCCAACUUAGACGCGAGCCAUCCUCAGAAACUUGUCUUUGCUCCUGUUGAUAUAGACAAAGUGUACUCUGGCUUUGCUGCUGCUGUGACGACUCCCUUUGAGUUUUGUGUUGUCCUGGGGGACUCGCUCGUCGUCAUGAACAAAGUGUCCACAAUGUUGGAUGAGCUGUCUGGGCAGGUGUCUCCUCUUCCCGGAGCUCACCUCGUCCCUGGCAACUGCUGCCUGUUGAAAUCAGACACCCAGAACAAGUGGUGCAGGGCAGAAAUCACACAAUGCGACACCGCAGUGAUCCUAAACCUCGUGGAUUACGGCCACUAUGAAAACAUGCUGUACGAAAACUGCUCCGCUCUGAGGAAGCUUCCUGUCGAGACGAUGAACCUGCCAAAGGUGACGUACCCUUGCAUCCUGAGAGGGGUGAAGCCCGUUGGAGAGGAUGGACGGUGGACCGAUGAAGCAGCAAUCUUCUUCCAGCAGUGUUUCUACCAGAAGAACCUCCAGAUCUUCUUCAGAGAGUUCGUGUCAAACACACACUGGAAGGUGGACAUUCUGGUUGAUGGUGUCCAUGUUGCAAAGAAGCUGGUGGAUGCUGGACACGCCGGUUAUAUAGACGUCAUUCUAGGACAGAGGUUUUCUGCAGUGAAGCCAGUCUGGUUGGAUCUGGUCUCCGAAAUGAGCAGCGAGGCCUCGACACAAGUCGGCUGGUCGCAGCGAUUCCUGAUCGUCUCUGUGAGCUGCUGCAGAGUCACGUCCACACAUCACCGGUACUACGUUUAA